GAGCUCUGGGAGGUGUAGUCUCGCUGCUGGAGAAGGGGUGCGGGGGGCAGCACUGGUGACCGCGGAGGAGGCGGUCGCGGAUCCGGGGAGCGCGGCUCCUUCUCUUGCAGCCGCGGGACGAGACGCGCGGCGCCGGCGGGGCGCGAGCUGCCGGGGUUUGGAACCCGGUGCCGGCCGUCGGACUGCACAAGAUUCUCCCAGCAGCAGGCGCGCGGCACCGCUGCACCGCGGCCGCCGCCAGAGUGAUGUCGUGGCGCUGCCAGGAAGUCGGGUACAGAGUUCAGCAUACAGGGGCUGGUGUGUGAACCAUCCUGUGCUUAGGCUGCCAUCGUCACAAGAGGGCAUAAAAUAAACCAGACAGCUGGGGAAAAUGAGGCGUGCAGGUUUAGGGGAAGGAUACGCUGGAGGUGGUUAUAGUGUUUAUGAAGAGGAAAAUGAUAACUUAACCGAAGGCCUUCGAGAAAAAGUGACUGCAUUAAAAUCACUUUCCAUUGAUAUUGGAACUGAAGUGAAGUACCACAACAAAGUGCUGGAUGAAAUGGAUUCAGGAUUUGAAUCUACAGGUGGCCUGCUAGGAGCAACCAUGGGUCGACUCAAACAUUUAUCUCGUGGGAACCAAACAAAAGUCUUGUGUUACAUGAUGCUUUUUGCACUUUUUGUCUUUUUUGUUCUUUAUUGGAUUAUUAAACUAAGGUGAAAUAAAUUAUCCUAUUCCAGUAUCUGGAUCUAAAUUAUUACACAUUACUGUAUAGGCCCUUCUCUGUAAGAUAAUUGAUGUGAUUAUGUUGUAGACUAUUUCUUAACAUUACAUUCACAUUGUAGACUGUUGUUUCAUUUUUUUCAAUGUUUGUUUAUCAGAACGUUCCAUGUUUAUAAAAUGAGAAAUGUCAGUAGUAGUCAUCUUCUGAAAUAAUCCCUUGGGGUCAUAGAUAACUUUGCUUCCACAAUGGCUCUGUGGGUUCAAAGGUGAUCAAUGAAUCACGUGAGGAAUGCAAUUUUUGUCACAAUAAUAGCAUGACAUUUAUGAUUACUUUUGCUAGUCAUGGGACUAUUAUGGAAAAAAUAAAUAGCACCUUUUUGUAAACUGUACCAUUGAUAACUCUUUGUGCUUUUGUGCCAAUUGGAUUUGAGCAUUUUAUGGUGGUGCAGCAUAUUAAUGAGCUGCUCAGUAGCAGAGCAAGGGAUAGACCCUUUCUCUGAUGCUGCAUGUUAUUUUUCACUCGCAUUUCCAACUUAUUUUGUAAUUUGGAAUAAGAAGGAAAAUCAGGUAAUGCUAAGUUAUUCCGUGACAUUCCAUGCUAGAUUUUAUUACUUUCGCUUGAAUAAACUUGAAUCUUUACACAAAAGAUUCUAUUAAAUUAC